GUAGAUCCAUUCAUCGAACCAACAUCUCCCCCUCAAGGAAGGCGCGAGUCGCUCCAGAUCGGAUACAGAACUUGCUGAACACCAGCGAUCGUCAGUCGGGAUACAAGUCAUAGAUUGUAGCUGAUAGUAGUUAGAAGCAGAAGAUCAUUUUUUCGAAAUUAUCUCGAAGUGAAGAUGAGUUCCCAACGGUUUGGCGACAUUGUAGUGAAGCAUUGAUAGAUCGUGUGAAAGAAGCAUCAUUGUGGCAUUCAAAUAGGAACCUUCACCCUCUGAGGCGUUGAACAAAACGGUAUUAUCAAGUAGAUCGCGCAUAUUUACCAAACGCAUCCAGUUUGUUGAGCUCUCGCAGUGUGUUUCCGAAGUCUACUUGUGUAUAACCAUUCAUUCAAUAACUGAUAAAUAUUUGACCAGUGGUGUUAAUAAUAGUGUGGACAACAAAGCCCUAAAAGUUACAAGUAAUAGUCAUCGCCUGGAUUACUGAUAGAAACGCACCAGUGAUAGUUGAAUCGAUAAGGAUUGGAAGUUAUGUUUGAUGCUGAACUGGCUUCCACAAAAUCAUCGGAAAUUUUCUGAAACUCAUUGUCGCUAGUGUUCGCAGAUAGAGUAACCAACGGCUGCAAAACUACUCGAGAUUACUCACCUUCUUCUGCACGAUCAAGUGCGGUUUACACCUUUAGACAAAACUUUCAACCGAAGUAAAUUCAUCAGUUCCAACCGCCCAACUGAUAUUUGAUUGAUCCUUUUUUUCUCACGGGAAGAAAAACACACAAAACCUCUUGCCUACAUAGGAUGGUAGAAAGUGAAACCGAUUCUAAACAUUCAAAGUAUACCAAUGUAAAGGACGACAGAGUAGCAAACGGCGUCGGUUCGAACGAGUAUCCGAACACCGUAUCAUCGGAGAAAGCCAGCAAGGCUGACCAUAUUCACCAGACCGGCUUGCAAAUUGUUGCCUCGAAGCAGGACAAGGCAUCGCUCGACGCCGAGCGAGGCUACACCAGCAAGGCUGACUUCGAGCAGGCAAUAGAGCUCACUGGUUAUGGCAAAUUUCACUACAUCCUACUAGCAAUAUGUGGUCUCGUAAGCACCAGCGAGGAGAUGGACGUCAUCUCGAUGUCCUUCAUCCUACCCUCAGCCCAAUGCGACCUCGACUUGAAUACUCAGACCAAAGGAUGGCUCAAUUCGAUUAUCUUCAUUGGCAUGAUGGUUGGUGCUUAUGCUUGGGGAAGCGUUGCAGACUCGCUGGGUAGAAAGAAGGUCCUCAUCGUUAUUUCGAUCAUGAACGCCAUCUGCAUUGUUGCUUCCUCGUUCUCACAAUCUUACGAAGUGUUUAUGGUUUUCCGUUUUCUUAACGGUGCUGCAUUGGGAGGCAGCGGACCAGUUAUCUGGUCAUAUUUCGCGGAAUUCCAGCCGAAGGCAAAGCGUGGAUCCAUGUUGAGUUUUAUGGCAGCUUUUUGGACCAUUGGUAACCUUUUGGUUGCGGGAUUGGCAUGGCUGAUCAUUCCUACCAACAUUGGAUUCUACACACCCGCAUUCACGUUUAACUCUUGGCGUAUUUUCUUGAUGGUGUGCUCGAUUCCAUCAUUCGUCGUCGCAGGUCUACUCCUCUAUCUACCGGAAUCUCCCAAGUUUUUGCUUUCACAAGGCAAAUUUGAAGAGGCCCUCGCUAUCUUCCGAGGUAUCUAUGUCACCAAUACGGGCAAAUCAGCGGACCUCUAUCCCGUCAAAGAACUUCUAAUUGACGAACAGCUCAGAAACGAACUUGCAGAUGUGAAGAAACCCAUCAAGAACAAGUAUAAACGCAUGUUGCACAACAUCAUGGACAACAGCAAACAGUUGUUCAUGUCUCCGAUCCUCAAGUUCACUCUAAUCUCGAUUACGAUCAACUUUACGUUCCACAUUGGCUACUACGGAUUGAUGAUGUGGUUUCCUGAGCUGUUCAAUCGCUUCGAUGAGUUUAUUCGUGCCCACCCAGAUAUCGAAGAGGCUGGAGUGUGUCAGGUCACCGACUACGUGGUGGGUCACGGAUCACAUGGCGAAUCUGGAGUUUGCUCUGCCACCAUACCAAGUACAGUCUUCCUGGAAUCACUUAUUACUGUUGCCGCAGCGCUUCCUGCCAACGUCAUUGCCGUAUUGGGGAUGGAUAAGCUAGGCAGGAAAUUCUUUUUGGUGUUCAGUACAAUGUCAGCUGGGUUCUGUUCGGCUUCCAUGUAUUUUGUUACCAACAAGAAUCAAAACCUAGCAGUAUCAGCAAUAUUCAGUGGUGUUAUCUCAAUGGGUAACGCUUCGUUAGAUUGUCUGAUUACAGAAGUCUUCCCAACGAAUUUAAGAGCAACUGGCGUAGCCAUUUCUAUGGUUGCAGCCCGUCUAGGCGGUAUUAUCGGUAACGUUGUGAUAGCAACCCUUCUGGAUAUGUACUGUCCAGCACCCACGUUCAUUGUUGCGGUACUAUUGGCUGGUGGCGGUUUGAUGUGCCUCUUCCUGCCAAAUACUACAAAGACCGAUCUGAACUAGAAAAGCCUUCUAGACUUAAUCAUAACGCAGGACGUUUCAACUUUCUUUCACCCAGCUAUGGCAUCUUCUACACUACAUCUGAAUCUUUCCUUUCUGUCCUUUUGUGGAAAUCUCAACACAUCACGAAAGAUCUUGCAAUCGAUGAAUUUAAUAUAGCUUUAAGUUGAAUAUUAUGAGUGAAUAUAUUUUGUACAGUAUACAUGAACGUUUGCUGAAAAAUGAACGGCAAACAUGGAACAUUAUCAAUUGAAUAUUGAAUGUUCAAUUUUUAAAGAUUAUGAAUAAAGAAAAAAACUGAACGAAAAACAAAAAUACAAACUUAACUUAAACACAUCGGAAAGAUUGUAAACCUCAAUAAAGAAUAAUAAUAAAUCGAGA